UUGACCUGUCACAAUGUCAGCGUCAGCCAAGCGAGAAGAGAGUCGAGGAUGCAUGAUGUCUCAGCCCAUGUGGGACUCGACGAUAGGUUGGGAACCCAACCAACAAUCCCCGGCCCUGGAUAAUCAAGCGUUGUUCAUUAGGCCGCUGGGCAAAAGUUCCUAUUUGUCCGAGCACGCACGAACGCACACACGCACGCACGCGGGACAUUUAUAUUCCUGCACGGUAAGCACGCGUCAGCGUGUUAUCCAAGUCGGAUUCAGUAAAACCUGUUUUUGUGGGAAUGAGUGCCUGGUGCUUACAGUAACAACACAGUGUUUGUUGUUAAAUACAAGCCCAGCCCGCUCCUCAACAUUUCACUUAAAGACCACGCAGGCUGUGAGCUGCUCCAUUACAGCGGGACACACCUGGAAUUUAUCCGUUCAAUAGAACAGAUAUGGGAAAUACAAAGUAUAAUAACAGUUGACACUUAGUGAACAAUAACUGCUGCAACUAACAGUCACCUAUUUUUCUUUUCUUUUUUAUUGUCUCCUUUCUUUCGUUUGUUUUUUUUAUCUCGCGGGGGGACUUCCUCCACGAUGAACGCCAUCAUGGCUGAGUCCGGCGGCUACCCGAUGCCCCCGGCCCCCUACUGCUGCCCGCUGUGUCUGGACGACCCCCGGGACCCGGUCACCCUCCCCUGCGGAGACACCAACUGCUGUCUGGAGUGCGUCAACAUCUACUGGGAUCAGCUGGACCACGUCGGCGUGUACAGCUGCCCGCAGUGCCGCGCCACCUUCACGCCGCGCCCCGCGCUCCGGCGCCACGUGCCCGAAGUGCAACGGGUUCAGGAGCCACGUCGUAGCCCGCCGGCGAUCACGGCGCCCUUCCCGCACAUGCAGCGCGACGUGCUCUGCGACUUCUGCGUGGGCCCGCGCAACAAGGCGAUCAAGUCGUGCUUGAUGUGCCUGGCGUACUACUGCGAGACGCACGUGAAGCCGCACUACGAGUCCGCCACCUUCAAGCGGCACAAGCUGGUGGACGAGACGGGCCACCUGGACCGGAAGAUCUGCCCCCAGCACGAGAAGGGUCUGGAGCUCUUCUGCCGCACCGACCAGAUGUGCAUCUGCGUGCUGUGCACCGUGCGCGAGCACCGGGGACACAACAUCAUCUCCGCGGAGGAGGAGCGCGCUGAUAAACAGAAAGUUCUGGUGGGCACCCAGUCCGAGGUCCAGUACAUCAUCCAGGACAGGAUGAAGGAGCUGCAGGAACUGCGACACAACGUGGACCGUCUUAAAAGCUGUGCUCAGCGCGCGCAAUCAGACAGCGACAAGAGCUUCCACGAGAUGCAGCAGGCGGUGGACCGCUGGCACGGGGAGCUGAAGCAGCUGAUCCAGGCCAACAUGCAGGCGGCCAUGUCCCAGGCCGAGGGCUACGUGGAGCGGCUGGAGCACGAGAUCUCAGAGCUGCAGCGCCGCGACGCAGAGCUCCGACUGAUCCUGGAGACCGAGGACAACAUCCACUUCCUGCAGAACUUCCAGUCGCUUUGUGUGCGACCGGAGCCCAUGGUGCCCAAGGUGCUCAUCAACCCCCAGUUCGCCUUCGAGGAGAUGAGCAAGACGGCUGCGGACAUGAAGGAGCACCUGGACGACAUCUGCAAGACGGAGCUCAGCAAGAUCUCCAAGACAGUAAGUGAAACACCUGUGUACAUUCUCCUGCCCCGGAACGGAGACAAGCGAAACAAAGUCCCAUCCAGGCUGGACCUCCAGGAGCCCAAGAGCAGAGCGGACUUCCUCAGAUACACCAGCAAGAUGACCCUUGACCCCAACUCGGCCUACAAGGAGCUGGUUCUGUCAGAAGGGAACCAGCGGGUGACCCGGAGGAAGGCGGGUCAGCUCCUCCCGGACCACCCGGACCGCUUCGACGGCUUCUCUCAGGUGCUGUGCCGCGAGGCCCUGUCCGGCUCCCGCUUCUACUGGGAGGCCGAGUGGACCGGGGAGUUCUCCGUGGGCGUGGCCUACAAGAGCAUCAGCCGCAAGGGCAAGAACUCCCACAGCCUGCUGGGCUACAACGACAGGUCCUGGAGCCUGCUGUGCUCCGACGGGGGCUACUCGGCCUGGCACAACCAGAGGGACCAGGACCUGCCGGCCGCGGCCCGGGCCACGCGGAUCGGCGUGUUCCUGGACUACGCGGGCCACAGCCUGGCCUUCUACUCUGUGUCGGACACCAUGGUGCUGCUGCACCGGUUCAAGGCCAACUUCUCAGAGCCGUUGUACGCCGGCUUCGGCGUGGGUUCGUCGGUCAGCCUGGUCCAUCUGAAGCCCGCCUCGUUACCCUACUGAUAAUAAUAAUAAUACAUUUGAUUUUUAUAACUCAAGGAUGCUAUACAAUGUGGGCAAGAACAUUGAAAACAAAAUAACUCAAUCAAAAACAGCGAGACGAGCAGACAAACAGGAGGGGGAGUCAGCACGUUUGAGGAGGUGAGUUUUGAGCGAUAGGGUGGCACGCUAAGUGGGGAUAACAUUCCAUCUGAUCCCUCCUAUGACCCAAAUAUAAUAUGCAUUUAUGAUAUGAUGUAUAUAAAUAUAUAUAUGUGUGUGUGUUAUUGUCAUAGCCUCUUAUCAGCCACCGCGGGUCAACAACAAUGAUUAUUUAACAAAAGAUGUAUGUGUUCAGAUAUUUUUGUAAUCGAAAUGAAAGGAAAUCUAAAAAAAUAAAUGUGUACAAAUUG